AUGCGACAACAACUCACGGCGACUUUGCCUGAAAGUCGGGCCCCGCAACCAUUGGCCCUCAUCGACCCGUCUGCGAGUGAAAGGCAUUGGUUUCGAGAGGACACGCCAGUCUCUGUCUUAGCUCAAGCUCAACAUAAACGUAUACCUGUGAAUGGCAACGUGAUGCACAGAAUGACGCUGUACGAGAAGAAGGACGCGCCGUUUGCGGGCUGA